CUCCGCCUACGUGACGAGCCGGCCACGUGCUCCGCGCCCACCAAUGAGAGCCGUCUUCCCCCGGGGGGGCGGCGGCGGUGGCGGGGGGACUCCGUCCGGGCUCUUGCGAUCAACUCGCGGCUCCGCCUCGCCUCACCGCUCCCGAGGCUCCCCGAGGCUCCCCUAGGCUUCCCCCGCACCUCCUCUGCGCUCCCGUUCGUUACCCCGCGCGGGUCUCGUCGCGGUUGCUCGGGGGUCUGGCGGCGUCUGCUAGCAUCCCCUGGGAUUCGCGUACGGCGUUCUUGGGGUUGGUGGGUGGGGUUUACGCCGGGGGAGCCUCCCGGAUACCGUACCUCGGCUAGUUGUCCUGCCCGGGAAGGCGCCCCUCGUCCCGCAGGGCCGUGCGCGGCGAGCCGUAGGCCCGCCUUCGGGACCCGCCCAGGCUCUGGGAUAUGGGAGUCUAGUCCUGAAAGAGCCAAGCCCUGGUGUUGGAGGAGGCCAUGGAUGGCCUCAAGGAGACCGAGGAGGUGGGGGGCGUUGGGAAUGCAGAGCCGGGCUCCGAGGGCACGAGCAUCGUGUGCAAGCUAUGCCUGGGCGACACGGCACCGGCAGAUGUGACAGCUCUACAGACGUGCCGUUGUGUCUACUGCACACAAUGCAUGGGGCGCUACGUGAAGCUGGAGAUCUCGAAAGGCUUGGGGGAGCCCAUCACUUGCCCGGAUGCUGCGUGUCCCAUCACAGGCCUUCUCUCCCAAGCUGAGAUUGAAAAGCUGACCUCGAGAGAGAUGUUGGAGACGUACAAGAGGUUUCAGUUUGAACAAGAGGUUCACCUGGACCCCGCGCGACGGUUCUGCCCAUCCCCGGGCUGCCAGGCCGCGUGCCGCGUGCCGGACGGCUGCUCGCCGGGAUCGGCGGCACGCGUACUCUGCGCCACGUGCCGCCACGAGUUUUGCGCGGCAUGCGGGGUUGCAUGGCACGGCGCGGGGCGGCCCUGUGCUGACCACGGCACCGCCACGGCGGCGGGCCUCGGGGGGGCAGCGCGGGGCAGGGGACGAGGGGGCAGCAUGGUGGGAGCGGCCGCCGCACGGGCGACGCGGGACUCCAGCGCUCUGUUGGGGGAGCUGUCGGAGGCGCCCAUCAAGCGCUGCCCGGCGUGCGGGGUCCUCAUCGAGCGCAACGAGGGCUGUGCCCAGAUGAUGUGCGGCAAGUGUCGCCACGCGUUCUGCUGGUACUGCCUGCAGUCGCUCGACGGAGACUUCCUGUUGAGGCACUAUGACCGCGGACCUUGCAGAAACAAGCUGGGCCACACACGCGCCUCUGUGCUCUGGCAUCGAACCCAGGUGGUGUGCAUCUUCGCGGGGCUGGGCGUGCUGCUUAUCGCCGCCUCUCCCUUCCUGCUGCUGGCGGCGCCGUGCGUGCUGUGCGCGCGCUGCCGGCCCCGCUGCCUCCGCAAGCGCCGUGGCACCGACGCCAACGCGCCCUCCUCCUGAGAGCCGCGGCACCGCGGGCGCCGGCCGUCUCCGCUCUAGCAGCCUCCCACCCGCUGCAGCAGCAACAGCAGCAUAGGGGUGGUCUAAACGGAGCGACCAGUUGGUCCAAGCCAUAGGAUCGGAAUCCUCAACACUGGCUCAGGACCGCUUACGGAGAUGAAACACCGUUACCGAAUGCUCGAUUUGAGCAGGGACUCUUUGACUUGACUUUUUUUGGCAUCAUAUAAAGUACGUAGUGUUGUGUUUUAAAUUUAAUUCGGUGUGCUUUAUGUAGGAGUAAAGCAAAGGGCCUUGUUAGGAGACUGGGUGUGCGUGCGGUGGUCGGAUCGAUCGCCGUUGAGCCAGACCUGAUGGCUCUGUUCCUACUACAGCUGUUUCAUCACAAUCGUUGGAAAAGGGGGAGAUGCUUUGAUGUAAGCGACUUGACUUUGUAAGAAAAACAAAACUUGAGUUGGUGGCAUACUUCUAAACCAGUGCGUUGAGGUCAGGAGUUGGUGGAACGUGUGGCAAUCCCAGUGUGGUUAAGACUCCCAGAUGUCAUUGCGGCCAUGCUCUCCGCUUGCACGCAUGUGUGUCCUCCAGUUUCCUCCCUGCAUUCAAAAGGAAUUUGCCCAACAUUCCAAUGCAGAAACGUAGUUGCAAAGUAAGUUCUUGCAUAUUUAUGUUCUUAUAAGUUUUUGAGCUGACCGUUGUGCAGCUGAUUAAUGAUGUCAGAUGACACCAGGAGCUUACUUUUUUCUUUGUUUACCUUGAGAAGGCCCUUUUUCAAGGUAGAUGUCGCACCAAUUGCCUCCGUCACAGCCAGAAAUCGAACUUGGGUUGCGUGGAUUGUUGCGCAGCGUGCUCCCUAACCACCAUCGCCGCAUGAUACUCUUUGGGUAUGUGCUGUUAGCGAGCGUUAGGCGGAGUCGGCCUAGGAGAGAUGCAGGACAGAUUCGGACAGUGCUCGUGUUGUCUGUCAUGGCUAGAAAUUGAACCGGGUGUCAAGAACUAGCGCACUGCGCUAACCCAUGGUCACACGUGCACAUGUACAUGCAUGUCGAACACUGUCACAUACGCUAAGAUGCAGCAUGUGCAUACAGUACUGCAGUGUGUUGUGGGACACGACCCACAAGACUUCCAAAGCACUCACUAUAGCGUAUGCUGUGUGUAUGCACAGCCUGAUUAGUAGACUUAAGACAUCUGUUGUUGUUAAAACAUUUUACAAGAUGACUCUUUACCAAUUUAGUUAUUUUGUAUUGUUGGGGGUAUCGUCGGUAAAGCUCCGCCACCCUAUAAGCACAACUUGCUCUUGUCGUCCACUUGGGCUGGACAUGGUCGGCUAGCGCUCACCCUGGAGGAUACACCCGCAGGGAGGCCGUCUCGCGCGCAACGCUCUCAGCCGACCCAGGUGUGGGAAUUGAACGGGAGAUGAGAGGAGAGGCCAUGUAGGAUGCCGACCGGUUUGUGAAGGCGGUGCGGAGGGUGGUUAAGUGUUUCCGACUGUAACGCUUGGGUCCUCCCCAAGGCAACUCUGGUUCCUCCCACGUGCACCAAACAGGAAGGAACAGAACAAAUUGACCAUACACUCUGAUGCAGAACCCGCUUGGUCUUUUAUUUCCCCGUAUAAAGAUUUACUCUCGAUGCUCGGUUUAAAGACCGAUUUGUUUGAACGCAAGCGAAUCCACUACUCGCUGGCAGUGGUUGAUUAUAUUCUUGUGGUAAUUAAAAUAGUGCGUGUUUUAACGUUUGUGAUCGAGCAGAAAUUCGUCAACUCUUUACGAACCAAAACAAAGACGCCGUCAUUAGACAACAGUCGUGUGUGUGUGUGUGUCGUGACAUGGGCAUUCAGUGUGGUGUGUGUUUGUUCAGGUUCUGUAUUGGAUGUGGAAAGUUCCGCAUUGCACGAGUCAUUGGGUUUCUUUCAGGUGUGGGGAUUCCGUGCUGAGCGAGGUUUAUUGGAACAAAUGAAGGUUCUGUGUUUGCGGAGACGAGAGCUCGGUGGUGAUGAACACAGGGACUCUGUUGGAUGCAAGACUAAGGUUCUGCAUUGGACGAGGGUUCUAUUUUGGAUGGAUUGCUAUGCCACAAUCUUAACUUCACAAAUCCGACGCAUUUUUAUACUUUUUUUUGGUUGCCACUAACAAUUGACAAAUCGUUUUUGCUAUAAUACACUUUAUGUAAAUAGACACCCCUCUACCCCGCCACUUCAGUGCGAGUGUAACCCAUUUCGUCAGCAAACACGACUCACGGUUCGUUCAUCGGCAGACCUGUGUAAUGGAUGCAACGUCCCGUGUGGCAUGAAUGAACAACCGGGAUAUGUCCCCCCCACUGAACGGUGACAUGGAUAUGAUUGAGAAGUUGUAAUGCGAGGGCUUAUAAUGGUCGUGGCGCUGUGUGGCAGUCACUUGUGCUGCAGCAGAUGGCACUUGUGUCUGCUGCCCAGUUAUCCAGGAACUUUGAAAGAAUCGCUCGCAUCAGGAUUACUCCGAACGCACUGCUGCCUCUCCUCGGUCAGAGUAAACAUUGUGCGAUGCAGACCACACGGCCUCGGCCUGUGUGGAUCCUCAAACGGGCAAACACUUCCCCUGCGUUGUGGGGGUCGCUUGACUUAACCUUACCACACUGCUCUGUGCGGGUUGGUGGUUGGUGCGGCUUUGUGGAAGUGAAGGGGGCCAAGACCGAUUUCGGAUAACUCUCACCACUGUUGUUGGCUGUGGCCAGGAUUCGAACUUGGGUCGCUUGGUUUAUAGGGCAGUCUGCUAACAAUUGGGCCGCUUACUUCUGGCUGCCCUGUUGCAUUAAUGCCCGAUGAACGCCGCCUGUCUUAAUUUCGCGACACCGAGCCACAACGUUGAAAUCCGGUUUUCACAUUUCCUACUCGGGCCACAGUUUAGUUAAUAUAUCUUCUCUUAUAUCUUCUCUACAUUUUUUAUUUGCAUCAAAUCACGAAGGCGGCGUAACUUGUGGGGUGUCCUCGUGCCUCUGUUGUGAGGUGUUUUUUGUUCUUUUGAAUACUCGUCAGGUUGUAAACACUUUAUUAAUUGGAGACCGUGGUUAAAAUAUGCCGGUAUAUGGCCGCAUGCCAGAGUGGUGCUUCUCACAACGCCAGACACGUACACGGGCUCUUUCCAGAAGAGUUCCUAUUCCUACGCUACAUUGUUUUCUUAGAGGAAACGGCAGUGAACAUGGACUGCAUGACGAAUGGGUGUCAUUGCGGCACUUUUUUAGUCUCCGUUUUGACCACUGAUUAGUGACAUAAUGAGUCCAUCAUAGUGUCUUACGAUGCCAGCAUGGCUGUGUAGGAAUUGUGCACAUCAUGAACAUACGUUACAUAUUUUCCGAACUCAACGCUAUACCAGUUGUCAUUGCCAAGUUUGUUUUUAAAGAUGGGGUUUGGAAACCGCCCUCCCGCUUUGCGUAAUGUGUGAAAAGCACAGGCUUGUACAUGCCAAGUGUUUAUCUUAAUUAUCUUCACGAAGAUGUGAAGGCGUUUAGUGAAAUAAGUUGUGGUCUCCGCACUUGCUGAUGCUUUGAUUUUUUUUAUUGAUUUGUAAUGCAAUGUGAACCUCAUUUUCAGACCAUGCUGCCAUUGUGGGUGUAAUGCGGUCCUGGGGCUACGUGUCGGUAAAGUUGCGUUCAAUAGAUGGCUCGUUUUGGCUCCAUUGUGCAGGUGAGGAAUUCUAUGACUUUAUAAUCUCGAUAUGAUUACAAAUGCAAAACGUUUCUUCAAAAGGAAAUGCAACCCAAAAAAUUCCUCUUGUCUCCUCGCCGGAGCAAUUGUCAAUUCAUCGCAGUGCGGCAGUUAAAAUGUUUUUUUGUAAACAGACUAAUGCCAGUGUUCUCUCUCAUCUGGACUACCAGCUACAGGGAGGAUUGCGGCCAUUAUGGUUGUUAAAAUAGGGGCUUCAAAACAUCGAAUUGGACAGGUUCGGUAUUUAGUUUUCACAGUGUCUUUUUAGGUUGCAUCUUUACAUUUUAAUUUGCAGCGUCCACCGAGUUUGCAGAACGUAAUUAUGUUUGGCUGCUAUAAAUUUCCACAUGGUGAUAAUCCACUCAAUUGGGCUAUCAUUUGUGGCCAGGUUGCUUCUGAUAAAGAGGUAUGUAGCUUAGUGGGCCUUACCUGGUAAAUAGAAUAAGAAAUGGUUUAGUUUUAUCUUGAAGCCUCUUCCCCCCCCACUCUGGGAUUGUGGCGAUGAGUAUCGACUGUCAUUUCAAAUACGGUGACCCCCCCCCCCCCCCAAAAGUGCUUGGGAUUAUUAAUGUAGGAAAUCAAUUUGCAAGGCUAAAAACUUCCAAGGGGUUUCUAAUUAUGUAUUUAACCAGGAAUUAAAUGCUACAUCCAACGCCAAUUUUAAAUAGAAACGUAGGAAGAACUAAGUCUCCCCCUGCUAGAAUGAGCGUGGGAUAUUGCUAAUUUCCUUUGGCAACCCUCAGCCAGUCAUGGCAAAAUGUCACAUUCAUAUUGGGGGGGGGGGGCUCUUGUCGGUGGCAAAAUGAUUGACUCUCCACAGUGAUACUUGUUCUAUCCAGCCCAGCGGGAUAAUGGGUGAUGGGCUGUCGACUUAUGCGAUAAUGAUCAUGAAAAAUAAAGAGCUUUAUGCAGCUCGGGCUAUACAGCUCAGUGGGCCUUACCUGGUAAAUAAAAUAAAAAAUAGUUUAUUUUAUUUCAAAUAGUUUAUUUUAACGGUAUACAGCACUGCAACACAAUUCCGACUGCAAAGUCGUGAAGACGACUUGCCUCCCAAUGUUCUGCAAAUGCCCCAAAUCGUGAGUGCUGCAAUACUCAAAUUCGUCCAGCAGAGGACACUUUGUAUGGGUGGGGUGGGGGCGGGGGAAUUUAAUCGAAUUAAUCGUACACGUUUCCACUGUGAAUUCAGCAGCUUGUGAUGGUUAGGUUUUUAUAUAUAUACACACACACGUUCAAAGUGUCUUGAAUGUAACGGAGGCUGUAGUUGUCAACACGUGGUCGCUAUCGCUUGUGGGACCCCAGGCUGUGCAGGAGCAGUCUUUGCAGCCUUUACGUCACGAGCAGAACCCACGGUGCAAAUGUUAAAUUCACGAUUUAAGAUAGCUGCAACAGUUCAUCCAGUUUACUUUUUGCAUCCAUUGUGAAUCAUCCCAUGCCGCUUUGAUAAUUGACCCCAUUUUUUAUGGAGAUGCAAUUGCCAGAUAACUAUGGCCAUAUAGAGAUACCAGUUCCCUGUCAUUAAUGGAAUUUGCACCCUCUGGCUCGAGGUCACUAACUUUUCAAAAGCUCUAAACCCGUUCUGUACUUAGCAGCUGUGAGCCAGCAAUAUAUAUUCCAAAUUCCGAAUGGUGGCGGCCAGUUUUUCGUAGGACAGCUACUGUUGUUUCAGAAUUAAAGCUGCUGUCUGCUACGCUGCUCUGUGAGUUAAGGUUGCAAGGCUGCUGCCGUGCAGCGUUGGCACGGCUACGUUUUAUUAUGAAUAUUAUUUAAAUGGGAGUAAAAGGGACUUUCUUCUCGUAGAUGUGAACACUUUUGUGAUCUUGUAGGCAACAAACACCGUUUGCAAAACCAUGGAAUGGAAGAAAUUCAAUUUGUUUAAAGGAAGCCACAUAUUAAAAUAUCACAGUUCAUUGCUUUAUUAAUAAUGACUUUUAAUUGACUUUCAGGAGUACCGUCUUCACACACUUGUGACAUUAAUGUGUUGUGAAAUGCCUUUAGCUGACACUUAAGUGAUGUCAUUUACGUGCUAUGGUGGUGCUUCUGAAAGACACUCAAUUAUACAAUAUUCCUCAUUUGAGAGAUUCAAACUUGUGUAAGACUCAGUCUGUGUGUGUGGUGACACCGGCCGUUUGUAAUUUGGUGGACUCUGUUAGCUUUUGUGGCUUUUCUCAAUUGAAUUCGGUUGAUGUAGGUUCGGUUCGGUGAUGAUAAAAGGGUCGGUUUGCAUUACUCAACACCUUAACGGGAUGUUUUCACUGUUCAUUUAUGAAACUUUAAACAUGAGAAAAAUAUUUCUUACUUGCACUUUGCUCUAAUGUAUCAGCCUAUUUCUGAGGAUUUAAAAAAAUGUCUAAUUUGUAUUAAAGAUGUUAUAUUCUGUGGA